UAUAGCCAACACUUUAUCACGUGUUCGCAUGAACAAAUCGUAGUUUGAGUGUCUAAAUAAAAUUUACUCAUAAAUUUAAGGACUCAUGAAUAUAUUAAGCCUUUUUCUAGUGAAUUAUUUCAUAGGCACAAGUGGUAGCCUAUUACUCUUGCAUUUUCCAAUUAUAUAAAUCAACUUUUCUCACUUCAACCUCUACAUUUAUUUCACUUUUCUUGUGUACUUAAAAGAUCAUCUUCUCCCAACUGUACUUGACAAAUGACAGCCCCUUUACUCUCACCAACUUCACUAUAUACAUACGUAUUUAUACACACGUAGUUGUUCCUUUCAACGUAUGUCUAUGGAAUAAAUACGAACAUUCUUUUUUUUUUUUGUGUGUGUGUUACCAUUAAUGGGUUGUUCAGUUUCUCGUUCCUAUGACUGUGUUACCAAAGAUCCAUCAAACUCGUUGUGUUGUAGACAUUCACAGUUAUAUUCCUACACUGAUUCUUCUACUUCACCUCCUGUUUCAAGAACACUCUUCCUACAGACACCUCUAAUUCACCAUCCACCUCUUUGUAAAGGGGACACCAAUCACUUAGUUUCACUAACUUCCUCUACCUAUGGUUCACUUGUGCUCGAUGAUCCCCGGGUUCCAGAAAACCCCAUAUCUCCUGAUGAAGGUGAUCCACAAGACCCUUUAUCUCCUGAUGGAGCAAUCAACACUUGGGAGCUCAUGGAAGGCCUUGAUGACUUACAUUUUCGUAUGGUUCGGUCCCCUGUUGAUGAUGACCAUAACCAUGAUAUUGAAGAAUUGGACACAGAGCUGGUGAAGUCGUAUGAGAUUGUUGAGCAUCCGGGUACGAAGCCAUUGUGGAAGCAUCUGUCUGAGGAAUCAUUGUUGGCGAAAAUGGAUCCUAAUGUAGCUUUAAGUUAUAGAGAAGCAUCGUCUUCCAAACGAUAUGGACAUCAAGAUUUGAAAAUGGUUAGGUUUGUGGAAUCAUCGGAUGAUAGUUCAACUUCUUUGAGCACAUUGUUGCUUAAUAGUGAUAUCUACUUGAAGGGUACUGAAGAUAGGAUUGUUCUAUACUUUACUAGUUUGAGGGGAAUCCGGAAGACUUAUGAAGAUUGCUGCUCCGUGCGUAUGAUCUUUAAAGGGCUUCGUGUAUGUGUAGACGAAAGGGACAUCUCUAUGGAUUCGUCGUAUAGAAAAGAGUUACAAGAUGUUUUGGAAGGUAAAGCACUGAGUUUGCCUCGGGUGUUUAUAAGAGGGAAGUACAUUGGUAGUGUAGGAGAGAUCAAACAACUUCACGAGACUGGAGAAUUGGCUAAGCUUUUGGAAGGGUUCGAGGUUAUGAAUGACGGAUUCACUUGUGAAUGUUGUGGUGAGACGAGGUUUGUACCAUGUCCUAGUUGCAAUGGAAGCCGGAAAAUGUUUGAAGAGGAGGGAGGGGAGUCGAGGAGGUGCCCGCAUUGCAAUGAAAAUGGAUUAAUUCGUUGCCCCGGCUGCUGCCCUUGAUCAUGUGCAGUAUGCUUCACUGUCAUAUCUGAGGUUUCUUAGUUAUUACUAAUGUGUAUUAUAAAGAGAUAUAAUAUAGGUGCAAAAGGACAUUUGUUUGCUUCAACUGUCUAUAUUACGUGGCUCUGUAGGAAUUCAUGUUCAUUUUCAUGUUCAUAAGUUAUAAAAUCCAUACAUGCUACAUUUUUUUAA